CUUCUUCUCGUUCUUGAUUUGAUGACUCAAAGCGAGGGUUGUGAGUCAAAGUGACGUGCAAGGUUUGACUCACUCCAAGGUUUACCUAACCCUUGCUUUCCUCGUCUUCUCGCAUCUAUUCAUACAAUUGAGGGAGUUUUCCCAAUUGGUUUUGCAUUGGGAAACGGUUCGCGUUUUAUAGAGUGUAUAGCGCGCGCCUGUGUGUGUGUGUGUGUGUAUCGGAGAGAGAGGGCACCAUACAAUCUUUUGCCCCGAGGAAAAUACGGGGAGUAAGAGGGUUACUCAUGGACACUGACCGUGUGUUGCCUUUGCCGAUACCUUCCAACCCACUUGCACCAACGAUAGACGUAGCAGCGGCACAAUUAUAUUUCAAGCGCAUGCCGAACGGCGAUUUGGUGAAUUUGGAUGGUCCAUCAGUCUUGUAUGCUGCUGGGCUCUAUUUGGAUCGCAACGAGAACGCUCCUGCUGAAGUAGCUGCGGAACCCUCUGCGUUGACGGGUUCACCCCCCCAAGUCGUAUCCCCAGAUCAACUCCAAAACUCUCUUUCCGCCUCUGCGUCCUUUAAAUUGGGUCCCGACUCUGAGGGAUCGGAUAUCGCAGACCAUACGCUGGAUAACACACUUUCUCACCACCACCAUCUAGACGUGCAGCACGAUCCUGUGGCUGCUGCUGCUGCCGCUGCUGCUGCUGCCGCCGCCGCUGCUGUUGCUGUGCAGACACCCGGUACAGCGAAACGAGGGACGGGACGAAGGCGGUCAAAACCGUACGAUAAUACAAACCUUGAAGGAGCGAGUCCUUUGAACGGGAGGCCGACGAAAUCGUCGUCUGCUAUGGCGAGGUUGGCUGAAGGGGCUACGAAAGCGAUGGAGGAAUUGGAGGAUGAGUUGGCAUUAAAGCGGCGGAGGAAUACAGAGGCUGCCCGCCGCUCACGCGAACGCAAAGCCGUCCGCCUAUCCACCCUCGAAAAUCAAGUCGCCCAACUCGAAGCCCUCAAUUCCAGCAUGUCGCUCAAACUCGCCGUUGUCGAAAAAGAGCGAGCCAUUUUUGCCGCUCGUGAAGCGGAACUGAAUCGGCGGAUCGCGAGUUUGGAGGCGAGUUUGCGGGAGGCUCAUGAUGCGCUUAUGGCGCGUGCCAUUGGGCGACAGGAAUUGCCUGGUGCGCCUGCUGAGGGGGCGGAUCCGUUGGGUCCUGCACCGCCUUCGGAAGAGUUUGCGGGAGAAGAGUUGUUGCAGGCCAAGAUGGGAUAAUGUUUUUUUUUUUUUUUGAAUAUUGUGUGUGUUGCGUAGUUUUUGUUUUUUUGCUGGGGGUCUUUUUAUAAAAGACGAGUGUUGCAACCAUGUUGGGGUAUUCGUUUUGGGAGAUUAGUUUGUAUUGGCAUGUUGUUGGGGUUUUUGCCAUUUCUUUUCUUUACUUUUCUUGUUGUUGUUGUUGUUGAAUAGGCUCUCUCUCCUUCUCUAUCGCUUUUUUGUAUAUAAAUAAACCGUU